AUGAUGUCAUCUUGUCUUGUGUCAGAUCCCUCACCUGUUCUGGUCCAUUCCAUGCUGAGGAGUCGCCGCCUGCUGUUUGUCCUCAGUCCUGACUUCCUGGCCGAAAAGAGCUUCAGCCUGCUGGAGUGUCAUCUGGGUCUGGACCUGCAGCGUGCCGGCAGGGUCUGCGUUGUCACGGUUACAUACAGCUCCAUCAGCAAGCUGCGCUGCCAAGAGGUAGCCCGAUUACGACAGGCGGCCUCGAGCGCCAUGACGUGGCGAGGGAAGAGAUCCGAGCCACAGCGGUCGCGGUUCUGGUUGCGGCUGAGGCUGGCUCUGCCCAUCCGACCCAUCACUAUGGGCAGGAGGUUGAUUGACAGCGCAUCCUCUCACUCGGACCUGGCUUCGCUGGAGCUGCUCGGUGCUCAGAUCCUAACAGCACCAGCGAGGUCAAGCGUCGCCACCACACAGGCUGCGUCCAAUCACAGCCACAGACGAGUCCCACCCAGAGCGAGGGGCAUGACAGCCACCAAGCCACAGAACAGCAAGGACUGCUCAGCGUGUUUUGGAUUUGUGACAGCACCACAAUGUAGAAUACAAACACAGAGCCUGAACUCCUCCCAUCACGCGCAUUAUUCCGCCCAUGUUGAGCACUGUCCAGCCAACUCUUCCAAUCAUGCUGCCAGCGACUCAGACUCCACCCACAUUGAUCACAGUAAUCCAAACCCAUCCAAUCAUCUUCAUUGUAGUUCAAACUGCGCCCAUAAUAACCCUUGGAAGUUGAUCUCUGUACAAACUGACUAAAGUGAUUUUAAACGUGCAACGUUUAAGAAAAAUAUUUGCAUGCUGCUGAAGGAUCUGCAGGAUUUUUAUGUUUUUUUUAAUUACAAUUGAAACAUUUUGUCACUAAUUAUUCCCAUCUGUGUUCGUUUAAUCUUUAUUCUAUUGCAAGUCCUGCGGUUAAAUUGUUGCUGACGUGAACAAGGGAGCGCUUACUUCAUCCUCCACACCAAUAGGGGGCAGCAUGGCACCACAAAUGUGUGGUCUCUAGCACAGCUUUCAACAAACAAAUGAGCUAAAGUUUCAACCAACAAAGUGAGAGCUGUUGAGAGAUACUGGAGCCUGAACUGCUUUUAAAAAAAAACACAUGUAGCCGCUGUAUCUUAGCCUGCUAGCGCUAGCAUGCUAACAUAACACAAUAAAACCAGUAAGGAUGAAGUGUCAAUGAAGCAGUUAACCACUUCCAGCAGAAACCACUGAAAUCAGCUCACUUCCUCUCUUCUGGCUCAGGUUUCCGACACAAAAGGGCUUUUUCACAGCAUGGUACCUGCUUAGGUUGCCCCAGCGCCUCCUGAGCCCUCCUUGGCGUCUUCUCCUGUGAGGUCAGAGGUCAAGUGGAAUGCUGUGUGGCUUAAAAGCCGAAGAUGAGUAAAUGAAUUUUUUAUUGCAUCACAUUAAGGGAAGCUGGCUCAAUUGCGACCUCUGGUGGACUACUUGCUAUUAGCAAGAUUUUAAGUGGAAUUUGCUAUUUUAAACCAUUUGUACUUUCUCUGAGAGACAUUUGAGCCACGGUGAACAAGGACUGGAAUGUGGCAGCUGAGAUCUGUUCUCUGUUGACUGGAUCAACUGGUUAUUAUAAUUACAAUGCUUUAUUGUAUGUGUGUGUGUGUGUGUGUGUGUGUGCCAUGUCUAAGGUCGCCUCCAUUCAGUUACAUGCUUUCAACACGCGUCUGCUGCUACUUGAGCCUCAACUAAAACACACUGUUCUUUUCUCUAUUUUUAUGCUCGGUUAUAUUUGACAUAGACUGAAAGUGAAAAAAAUUAAGACUUGAUACACUCCUGAUUAGGUGUCUAGUGGCAUGUUGGCCACACAGUCACAGUCUGGAGAUCGGGAAGACCUGGGUCGAUUCUCCCCUGGGCAUUUCUGUGUGGAGUUUGCAUGUUCUCCCCGUGCGUGUGUGGGUUUUCUCCGGGUACUCCGUUUUCCUCCCACAUUCCAAAACCAUGCAUGUUAGCUUCAUUGGAGACUCUAAAUUGUCCAUAGGUAUGACUGUGAGUGUGAAUGGUUGUUUGUCUAUAUGUGCCCUGCCAUUGGCUGGCGACCAGUCCAGGGUGUACCCCGCCUGUCGCCCGAAGUCAGCUGGGAUAGGCUCCACCAUACCCGCGACCCUAAUGAGGAGAAGCAGUAUAGAAAAUGGAUGGAUGGACACUCCUGAUAACAAUCUUAAGACUAGUUGAAAAAUUGCUAGAAUUUGCAUUUUGCACAUUUGGAUCUUAAUGAGAGCUACAAUAUGCAAAAGCAAGAAGGGGGAGUGAGACAGAAACAUUUGGAACUUGUCAUUUCAACAACAAAAAAAACUGAAAUAGGUUGUUUAACACCUGAUCAAAAGUUUAAGACCACAGGCUAUAAAAGCCAAAAUUUGCUCAAAAUGUUCAUUUUCUAUCAGGCAUUCACACUGUCAUGCCCGCCUGAUGGCUCUUUUUGAACAUGGUGGGAUUGUGGAGAUGCAUAAGCAAGGCCUCUCGCAGCGUGCCAUUGGUGCUGAGGUUGGGAGCAGUAAAUCAGUCAUUGUAAAUUUUUUUAAUGAUCCUGAGCAUUAUGGAACAAAAAAGUCAAGUGGAAGACCCCCCCCCCCCCCAAAAAAAAAAUCACACCAGCGCUGAGCUGGAAGAUCCGAUUGGCCAUCCAUCAAGACACAGGGCGGUCUUCCACCCACAUUAAGGCCCUUACUGGUGCCGACUGCAGCGCAAUAACCAUCAGACGGCAUCUGCGGGAAAAGGGUUUAUAAAACAAAAAAGGAAUUCAAAAACCUCGUCUCCUUCAACGCCACAAAACUGCCCGUUUAGACUUUGCCAGGGAGCGUCAAACAUGGGACAUUGAAAGGUGGUAAAAAGUUUUAUUCUCUGAUGAGAAAAAAUGUAACCUUGACGGUCCAGAUGGCUUCCAACGUUACUGGCAUGACAAGGAGAUCCCACCUGAGAUGUUUUCUACCCAGCAUAGUGGAGGGGGUCCAUUAUGGUCUGGGGUGCUUUUUCAUUCAGUGGAACACUAGAGCUUCAGGUGGUGCAGGGUCGUCACACGGCGUCUGUGUGGUAACAGCUGGGUUUUUCAACAGGACAACGCUGCAGUUCACAAUGCUCGCUUGACCAAGGACUUCUUCAGGGAGAAUAACAUCACUCUUUUGGACCAUCCUGCAUGUUCCCCUCAUUUAAAUCCCAGAGAGAAUAUUUGGGGAUGGAUGGCGAGGAAAGUUUAUAAAAAUGGCCAUCAUUUCCAGACAGUUGAUGCCCUUAGUGAAGCCAUCUUCACCACUUGGAGCAAUGUUCCCACUAGCCUCCUGGAAACACUCGCAUCAAGCAUGCACAAAGCAAUUUUUGAAGUGAUUAACAAGAACGGUGGAGCUACUCAUUACUGAUUCCUACUGAGAACAUUUUUUGUUCUGGUUUGGAGAGCUAUUUGUUAUCUUUAAAGCGAUGGUCCUAACCUUUUGACCAGCUGAUAAACGUUUAAUUGUUGUUUUCAAUAAAUGACUUUUUCAAAGUGCUUUUUGUCUCACUCCCCCUUUUUGCUUUUGCAUAUUGUAGCUCUACU